AUGAAAGCUCUUUGUUAUAAGCUUGUUUCCAUCAUUCCAGAUCACCAUUUCAGCCAACCCAAGGAAUUGUUGUCACAUCCAGAUCAGAUAGAUGAAGCAUCUUCUUACAUCAAGAUGAUGAGAGAGAGAAUUGAAGUACUGAAUAGAAGAAAGGCACAGCUCAUAAGUUCCUAUGCAACCAGAACUGGUCAUGGCGGAGGGCACAAGUAUCCGAUUCUUACAGUGACGGAGUUAGGUUUUGGUGUAGAGGUGAUGUUGAUUAGUGGCCUAAACAAGAAGUUCAUGCUAAGCCAAGUGAUUAGCGUAAUCGAACAAGAAGCAGCUCAAGUUCUCAGCGUUAACAUGUCCCGUGUUGGCGAAACCAUCAUUCACACUAUCCAUGCUCAGGUUAAAAUUUCAAGGGUUGGGGUGGACACUUCAAGAAUAAGUGAUAGGAUACAGAAGAUCAUUUCCUCAAACUUAUAA